AUGCGCGGCCUCCAAGACUCCCCUUCCACCGACUCCCUCCUCCGCGACACCAUCCUCCGCACCUUCUGGCUCUUCCAACUCUGCGUCUCCGCGCCCAUAUCCUGCGCCCUAGGCGUCUCAGCCUUCGUCCGCCUCGUCGAAGUUCACGGCUUCAUCUACGACUUCAUCGCCUCUCUAAUUCCGAGUCUGAUGGCCGGCGUGAUCGUCUUCAUUCUCGUCAUCCAACGGAGGAUGUUCGAGCAUGGUCUGAGUAUCGACUUGACGCUGAAGUUCGAAGCGGUAAAGUCGAUCCUGGCGACGUCGUUGUGGAUAUGGGAGUUGGUGGAUUCGGGGGUGCAGCCGACGACUGUUUGGAAUCAGAGGGGGCCUAGGAUGGUGGCUGCUGGUGUUUCGGCGAUUGUGUUGUUCCUCUUGUUCUAUCCGACAGUCGUCUACGUUACCAAGGAGAAACAACGGCAGCAGAAAGCUGUACGCGUGUGCGUCCACGAGGGCGAGUCUCCGGAGCUUACACGUUUGCUUAACGUAUGA